UACGGUGUCGUUUCAAAAUUAAUGAGUCCGUGCGUACAGUCUUACAUCAACACUUCCCCUACCAGGAACAGCGUAGGAAGAGCCAGAGAAAGAAGAGUCCAGAAUCUGGGAAAAAGCAAAAGCAGCCGAAAUGAGCGGAGCCACGACGGCAGCGUAUUUAGCUCGAAGAGCAGCUCAGAAAGAGAGGGUUCGGAUUCUCUAUCGCCGUGCCCUCAAAGAUACCCUCAAUUGGGCCGUCCAUCGCCACCUCUUCUAUCAAGAUGCCUCUGAUCUUCGCGAAAAAUUCGAAGCCAACAAGCAUGUGGAAGAUCUUGACACAAUCGACAAAAUGAUAGCUGCAGGUGAAGCAACCUAUAAUAAGUGGCGGCAUCCUGAUCCUUAUAUUGUUCCUUGGGCUCCUGGUGGUUCCAAGUUCACUCGAAACCCUGUCCCGCCAUCUGGGAUUGAGAUUUUAUAUGAUUAUGGUAAAGAAGAAAAUGAUUAAAACAUGAUCUUUUCUACCCCAACAAAUAAAGGUCUAGAGACUCCUUGAGGGAUUCCAACGCAAGGAUUCAACAAUCGUUUAGCCAAAAUCACGGAACUAUUCAUACGCUCUUGGCAGCAACUCCUUUGUAUUCAUCCCAGUGAAACGUGAUGAAGCUUUAAUAACAUUAAUGUUGAUGCUCCUUUUGACUCAAGUGUUGUGUCUGGUUUACGAUAUGAGAUCAUUGCUCAGAUUGAAAGUACCAAAUGGUUGUUGACAUUUGCAAAGUAAUACUAUGAUCAUGAAUCCUUUUUUGUCAAAA